CUUUUCUCUCCCUCUCUUGUUCUUGUUGUGCAUUUUGUUUCAAGGAAAAAUGAAAUUUGCAUCUUUUACGUAAACAGACUUUGAAAAUGUCCAUCCUGUGAAAAUCCCAUUACGCAGACUUCUUUCCAAGCAAAAAAACCAUCUCAAUGAACGAAAAUGGACGAUGACAAAGACGAUUUCUUAGCGUCACUAAUAUUUCUUUGAUAUUAUCUUUCUUUAUUGUUUUAUUUGUUCUUUUCAUGCACAAAUGCCUGUAUCAGAUCCCAGUUCUGGGCGUUUAUUUAUAUGGCUCAUCUCUUGUUUCUUAUUUAUCUCUGUUCUUACUGGUGGCACCUUCCUCAUUUUGUAUCUUGUCCUUCCUCAAAGUUCUGCUACUGCUUGGCUUCCUUUCGCUGGUGUAUCCCUAGUUAGUCUACCUUGGUUAUUUUGGUGUUUCACUUGUUUAUACCGUAUUAUUUCUCGAGCCCUUGGAUUUAGGUUUAUUAUUGGCGGAGGUGGUGGCGGUGGCAAUGGCGGCCUAUCUCAUCCAAAUGCGGCAUCCAAUGAGCCUAGAAACCUUGAAACUCCGUUGGAGUCCACCGGAGGAGAUGGGAAGCGUGUUCAAUUUGGUGGGGCAGUGGUUGUGGGAGCGGAGGAUGACGAUGACGACGAUAACGAAAAAAUUACAAAUGUGAAGAGAUCAUCAUCUAGUCUUUCUAGCAAUGAUUUAUCUAUUGCUACACAAGAAAGUGAAAUGCCAUUGACCUCAGCCAUGGCAUAAUCUGAAUUGAAAUGCCAUGUGUAUAUUAAUCUUUCUAGAUUAUUUUAAUUGACUUUUAAUCAAAUUCUAAUUUCUACC